GAGAUGGGUUAAUUAUAAGAUAGAGUGGGAUACAUCAUACAUAUAGAAACAUAGGAUAGGAUAGAAGAUCCCUCCUUUAACCUUCGCUAGCCAAAAAUGAAAGGAAAAAAAACAGGUGACAACAAAGGAAAAUGUGGUGCAUAAUGCAUUGUUGUUUUAUUUCACUCCACAUAUCCAGCGUUAAGGAUAAACCCAUGAUCGACGCGUGGACAAAGUCCAUCCUCUGCUCUGCUGACACACACUCGCUCUUCCUCUCACCACUCCAAAAACAAAAUGUAACAAUAUUAACAAACAAGCUUCCCCCCAAAAUAUUUCAGGAUUCACCGAUUUCACCUCUUCCAUGGCUUCUCUUCUUUCCCCCACUGCAACUGCAUUUCUUCAAGACUCCAAACCCAUCAUCAAAAGAGAUUCUAAACAUAUAUCACACGGCUUCAUUUGGUCUAUAACUAACCCCUCCCCCACAAAGAAUCUGAUCGCCUGCAAUGCCUUUCUAAAUGAUAUUUCGGACAAUCUGUUCACCACUUCCCUUCAUCUGGAUCAGUCCUUCUUACACUAUCCUGCUCUCCAGCAACUACAGAGAGUUACCGGGGAACUCCCACAAGUUCAAAAAUGGGGGUUAUUGGUUUUUGCUGGUAUUACUUGGAUUUACUUGACUGCUAGGCCCGGCGUUCUUGUUGGCGCCAUUGAUGCAUAUAUUUUGGCCCCUCUGCAAGUGGGCUUCGAUACUUUGAGUGGAAGGAGGAGUUUGAAGAGGACUGAUUUCUUGGUUGGUGAUAUAUUGGGUGAAGGAUCUUUCGGCAUUGUUUAUUCUGGAGUCAUUGUUCCCAAGAAUGUGAAUGUGGACGAAAGUGUUCGGAAAAAAAAAAGUAGAAGAGCUCUGCAGAUGGAUCAAAGGUUUCAACAAAAAGUUAUCCUCAAGAAGGUGAAAAUUGGUGUUCAAGGAGCUGUGGAGUGUGGAGAUUUUGAAGAGUGGUUUAAUUACAGGCUAUCAAGAGCAGCUCCUGAGACAUGUGCAGAAUUUCUUGGAAGUUUUAUAGCAGACAAAACUAAUACUCAGUUUACAAAGGGUGAGAAGUGGCUUGUCUGGAAAUAUGAGGGAGAUUUGGACCUAGGCGAUUACAUGAAAGAUCGGAGCUUUCCUUUGAAUUUAGAGUCUGUCAUGUUUGGACGUGUUUUACAAGGCCUCGACUCUAUUCAGCGAAAUGCAUUAAUUAUCAAACAAAUACUGCGCCAGAUAAUUACUUCCCUCAAGAAAAUUCACGACACAGGCAUAGUUCACCGAGAUGUAAAGCCGUCCAACUUGGUAGUCACCAAAAAGGGGCAAAUUAAACUCAUAGACUUUGGGGCAGCCACAGACCUCCGCAUAGGCAAAAACUAUGUUCCCAAUCGUGGGUUGCUUGACCCCGACUAUUGUCCCCCUGAACUGUAUGUAAUGCCUGAGGAAACUCCAAAUCCACCACCAGAGCCAAUUGCUGCCUUCCUUUCUCCAAUCUUGUGGCAGCUGAAUAGUCCUGAUCUUUUCGAUAUGUAUUCUGCUGGAAUAGUACUUCUGCAAAUGGCAAUACCAAGCUUAAGGUCUACAGCAGGAUUGAGGAAUUUUAACUCAGAAUUGAAGGCUGUUGGUUAUGAUUUGAAUAGAUGGAGAGCGAAAACUCGAUUGCGGCCUGACCUCAGUAUUCUUGAUCUUGAUUCUGGUAGAGGGUGGGAUUUGGCCACAAAACUUAUUUUGGAGAGAGGAUCUUUCAGAAGGGGACGAUUAUCUGCUGCAGCUGCUUUGAGGCAUCCUUACUUUUUGUUAGGUGGUGAUCAAGCUGCUGCCGUCCUCUCAAAAAUCAGUUUACUCAAGCAGUGAGUUAUCAUACCAUACUCUACCCAUCUGUAAUACAAAGUUUGAGUUCAGCUUUGUCUUACAUCCAGUAAGAGGAAUGAGCCAAAGGUAAUUAUAUGGUGAAUUUUCUUGCUUGCCUCUAAGAAAACACUAGCUCCCUCAGCUUGUGGAUAUUUGCAGGUAUAUCGUCCGCUCAGCCUUAUUUCCACGACUCUGCAUCUAAUGACUUAUAUGGGAUACAACACAUCACUUUGACGUUUAAAAACAUUGCAGGAAAGAACACAUUUUUCCUUUAGAUAAUCCUCUUUCCUUAUAGCAGCCAAAUUUAUUUAUUCAAUUUUAUCAAUGAAAUGGAUACUGAAAAUA